AUGAUUGAACUCCUGUCAUGCUACCCUGUUCUCCUGUCGUCUGCUCCGUUAGUCGCGUUCGGAACCGGGGAGGGGCGAUGGUCCGAGUGGACUCGUCGUCACGCGACGGAAGCGCUGCGGCAAGUCGUGUCGUUGGCGGGUCUGCCGUCGUCCGAGUACGCGUUGCACUCCCUUCGGAUUGGGGGCGCCACGUACUUGGCAGCGGGGGAAGCGUCGCCAGGUGAUUCUUCCUGGGUAGACCAGGGACCUGCCGCUACCGACCCGAAGGCUUCAGGAGAGGCUAUCGACGAGAUGCUGGCCGCAAAUGACCCCGACAGCAAGAAACGCAAGAACCCAGAGCCCGGCUUCCCAACUGAAAGGUCAGGAGCAGUCGGAAAGAAAGGUAGCUACCCGGUCGGGUCCAAACUCAAAGCGGUCGCAUUCACACGCGUCGUCUGUGAGGACGGAAAACCGGUGAGAAACAGCGGUGCAGCGAAAGUUCUCGUCGUGCUCCGCAGGCGUAUCGUCGAGUGGGUGCGCGACGAGGAAUCGCUCAGAGCCAACGUCAGCGCCAACCCCAAGCUGUCUAAGGCCAAGCAAAUUCACGCUGGAGGCAAAGCUUCGACAGCCGACAUCGAAGAAGCCCUGGUGGAAUUCAUCAACGAUCAGCGCAAGCAUCACGUCGGCUGUGCCAAGCCGAAGCCGGAGGGGGCGUUGGCUUUCAAGUCCAAAUUCAAGAGCUGGUACCAACGUUUCCGCAAACGGAACAAGCUCAGCAUCCGCCGGCGUAUAAGCGUGGACCAAAAGCUACCGAAGGGACACGAGGGAAUGGCGUGGACGACGUUGAUGAAGCUGCGUAAGGCUCUCCUGGAGCGUGCUGGCGAGAUCUACGCUCAGCGCUACCCGCCUGCACCUGGCGAGAGCCCCAUCAGAGGAGAGGACCUGAGUUCAUCGCAGCUGGAGUUGGUGACCGACGAAUUGUUCGAAGAACUGGGCAACAUGGACCAGACGCCAGUCCAGCACGAGAUGCCGGUGGAGACGACUCUGGAAAAGACCGGUGUGAAGGAUGCCCGCAUCGCCACCGGAGGUCCCGCUGCGCAUUUCAAGGGUACGCCUUUCGUCUCGCCUGCCACGCCCGGGAAGGGAAAGGCGACUCAGCCGCGGAAGAACUCUAUCGCGUGGGAGGUACUUCCUGCGAACCGCUCCAAGCACGGGCUCCCCGUGGGAGGCAUGUCCUUCGGGGUGCAGGAGAAGAGCUGGUGUGACCUGCGGGAGUGCAAGCUCUGGAUCAAGGACAGCUGGGAGCUCCGUCCCAACAACGGCAGCAUCUGCCACAAAGACGAUGGCUUCAUCGCGGCCCUCAAGAGGGAAGCCAGCACCAUCGUCAUCUUCAUCCCAGGCGGGUUGACUCCUCUACUCCAACCGCUGGAUCGCAUGCUCAACAAGCAGCGGCUGCUGCGGGGCAUGUACACGGCACACACGGCAAAGGCGGUCAGGGACCCCAAGACGGGCAAGCUGGCACCGCCGGGGCGUGGGGCCGUCGCUACUUGGUGCAAGAACGCGUGGGCAUCCAUCACCCCCGAGACAGUCAAGACUUGCUUCAAGAUCUGCGGCCUCACGCUCGCGCUCGACGGCAGCGAAGACCACGCCUGGUGCCUGCACAACUUCGGGGACGGCUACCGCGAGCUCCUGGAGCAGCAGCGCGUCGAAUGGCUUGCGGAACACCCCAACGUGACUCUGCCGCCGCUCCAACUUCCGAAGGUACCAGCCGAAUCAACCGCCAAUCACAUCGAGGCUGCAGCAAAGGAGCUCGAGGAGUGGCUUUUGCCUCGCGGCGACGACAGCGACAUCGAGAUUGAGGAUGACGACAGCGAUGUAGAAGUCGUGGAAGGGGCGGGGGAUGAAGAAGUGAUCGAGCUGUAA